AUGUGGGCUCUGGAAAUUAAGCUUUAUGACGAUUCACUUGGACGAGAAGUGGACUACUUCGAUUUGUGUUCCAAGACGCCGAUGAUUUUCUUCAAUCAUUACUGGAACGGCGUCUCGGAAUCUCCACGCUGGCCAAAGGAUAAACCGCUCUUCUUGAUGCCGAACAUUGAGAUGUUUGAGCUCACAGCUACGCACUAUUGGAGAGUCGACGUCGUACUGUGCAAGACCCACGUAUGCUACGACAGAGUGACGCGCUGGUACAGCGAAAACGGCAGUCCACGCAACGUCAAAGUAUUUUACACGAAGCACACGUCAUCAGACCAGGCAGAAUUUGCACGACAGCUGUGA